AUGGGUGCCUUCUUGUCGCUGCCGCUCCUGGCGGUGCCCAGUAUGGGAACCCUCUUGUCAUGCGCUGCCAGUUGUUGUGGCGCGGCUACUUGCUCCAUGGUCUGCAGCGCCUGCGGCAAAUGCGGGAACAGUGUCGCUACCCGUAUCGGUUACGCGUUAAUGCUCCUCGUCAACUCGAUAUUGUCUUGGAUUAUGCUCACGCCGUGGGCCAUCGAAAAGCUACAGCAUCUCACGCUCGACUAUGUAAAGAUUAAUUGUCCUACUGGCCAAUGCUAUGGAUGGCUGGCUGCCCACAGAAUCAAUUUUGCUCUGGGCCUCUUCCACCUCGUUCUCGGAUGUCUUAUGUUUGGCGUCUCCUCUACCAAAAACCCUCGUGCCGCGAUUCAGAACGGAUACUGGGGCCCAAAGAUAAUCGUCUGGCUUGCUUUCAUUGUCCUUUCCUUCCUCAUCCCGGACGCAUUUUUCAUGUUCUGGGGCAAUUAUAUUGCCCGUGCUGGCGCAUGUCUAUUCCUUGUCCUCGGUCUGGUUCUGCUUGUUGAUUUGGCACAUAGCUGGGCUGAAUACUGCCUGGCCAAGAUUGAGGACACCGAUUCCCGCUUUUGGAGAUUCGUUCUUAUCGGCUCUACACUCGGCAUGUAUAUUGGCUCGAUCGCUAUGACCGUCAUUCAAUACGUCUUCUUCGCUGCGAAUUCAGCUUGCACCAUGAACCAGGCUGUCAUCACCAUCAACCUUAUUCUCUGGAUCAUAAUCUCCGUCAUAUCCGUCAACCCUACUGUUCAAGAGCAUAACCCUAAAGCUGGCCUCGCUCAGGCUGCCAUGGUGGCCAUCUACUGCACCUACCUGACCAUGUCGGCCGUCGCCAUGGAGCCUGACAAUGAUCAGUGUAACCGCCUGUCGCUCGCCAAGGGGACAAGAACCACGUCCGUCGUUAUCGGCGCUAUCGUAACCAUGCUUACUAUUGCCUACACCACCACUCGAGCUGCGACACAAAGUCUUGGUCUAGGUGGAGAGGGGAGUGGAAACAUUCGUCUUCCUGACGAUGAUGAGCAUGGUCUCAUCACGCAGCAACCCAAUGCUCGUCGUGAGAUGCGAGCCGAGGCACUCCGACGUGCCGUGGAAGAGGGUAGUCUCCCAGCCGACGCAUUACUGUCCGACGACGAGAGUGAUGCCGGGGUUGACUCCACCGGUGACGACGAAAGGUCCAAGACCCAGUACAAUUACACUAUGUUCCACAUCAUCUUUUUCCUCGCCACCGCCUGGGUGUCGACACUUCUCGUUCUCAAUUGGGAAACAACCAAGCGGGACGGAGACUUUGCAUCGGUUGGACGCACGAUGGGGGCAAGCUGGGUCAAGAUUGUGUGUGCCUGGGCAUGCCACGGGCUGUACAUCUGGACACUGGUGGCCCCCAUUGUUCUUCCUGAUCGUUUCGAUUUUUCCUAG